GCAGGGAGGAGGAGAGAGGAGACCUGGCCCAGACCUGUGGGGGUGCCCUCGGUGGAAGCCUACGAAGCAGCCAUGGUGCUGAGCGGGGUGGGGGAUGCGCUUGGGUACCGGGGGGGCUGGGAGUACUGCACCUCGGGACCCCAGAUCCACGCCGAGCUGGCCGAGCUGGGGGGGCUGGAGGCCAUCACCCUCGAGCCCCCCGAGUGGCCCGUCAGUGACGACACCGUCCUCCACCUCGCGACCGCCGAGGGCCUGGCCACAGGCCUGGAGGGGGAACCCCUCCUGCAGGAGCUGGCUCGCCGCUACGUGGCCGCCAUGGGUGACAUGGAGGGCCGCAAGCCAGGGCCCACCAGCAUCCUGGGCACCUCGCAGCUGCGGCCUGGGGAGCCUGAGGGCUAUCGCAUCCCCUUCAACCCCACCGGCACUGGCUGUGGGGCCGCCAUGCGUAGCCUGGCCAUCGGCCUCAGGUACCCGCACGCCUGGGAGCUGCCAACGCUGAUCCGAGUGAGCAUCGAGAGUGGGCGCAUGACCCACCACCACCCCACCGGGUACCUCGGGGCGCUGGCAGUGGCCCUCUUUGGGGCGCUGGGGGCUCGGGGGGAGCCCCCAGAGCGCUGGGGGGCCGAGUUGCUGCGGGUCCUGCCCCUCGCAUGGGACUACGUGGAAGGUGCCGGGGUUGCCGUGGGGGACAAUGCUGCCGCCUGGCCCUUCUUCGGGGAUGCCUGGCACCGGUACCUGGAAUCCCGGGGGCUUCUGGAGGGUCAUGGCCCACCGCAGGUGCCAUCCCUUCCGUCACCGGCCGAGCGGGAUGCAGCGUAUAUGGGCUGGGCACUGGAGGGGUGGCCAGGGCGCAGCGGCCAUGAUGCGCCCAUGGUGGCCCUGGAGGCCCUGCUGGCAGCCGGCGGAUGCUGGGCGGACCUGUGUGCCAGGGGGGUGCUGCAUGGGGGGGACAACGAUUCGACGGGGACCAUCGCCGCUGGGUGCUGGGGGCUGCGGGGGGGGCUGGCGCCCAUCCCCCCUGGGCUGCACUGCCGCCUUGAGCACCGUGGGCGGCUGCGCGAUGCUGCCCACCGCCUCCACGCACUGGCCUGGGGGAGACGCUGAGCCCCCGCUGUGUCACCUGCUGUCCCCCUCCCAGGAAAGCCCCUGUGGGUCCCCAGGGUGCAGCAGAGGGUCCUGGAGGGGUUUGGGAGGGUCUCUGGGGGUCAGCAGGGACCUUCAUGGGGUGCUGGAGGGCUCAGGAGGGUCCCUGGGGAUCAGCUGGGACCUGCACGGGGUCCUGGGUGGGGCUUGGGAGAGUCCCUGAGGGUCAGCUGUGACCUUCACGGAGUCCUGGGGCAGCUCAGGAGGGUCCCUGGGGGGGCUGCAGGGAACUUCACUGGGUCCUGGGGUGCUCGGGAGGGCCCCUGGGGUGAAGCAGGGCCCCUCAAGGGGUGCUGGGGGGCUCAGGCAAGCCCUGGGGACACCACCGUAGCUACAUCCAGGUGGCCUUUUGUCCCUCCACAGUUAGAGACCCCAGAACCUCCCCGAGGAGCCUCAGUCACCCCCACAGUAAAAAAGCGU